GGCCUGGGUGUACCCUUCGCUCAUUUCAUUCCUCCUCUCGUUCUAGCCAUGUCACGCCGCUCUGGUUCUUGGAAUGUUGGAUACGGAGCUCAAGGCCGUGGCGGUGGAGGCGGAGGAGGUCAAUGGAGUGGGCAACGAUCGGGCCCCAACAUGGCACACAACCCUUAUGUUGUGCAGAUGCCACGGUUCAUGGAACCGAUCGCGGAGGGGCCGGAGCCAGAGGAUCAGUCAAUGAUCGUCAUUGACAACCGAGACGAUCGUAUGGUUUCUCCUUUUCAGACCUGGUUGGUCUCGGAGAUCAUGGCAAAUGCGGCGAGCUCGAUCAACGUCCUGACAGAACGGGACCAGGUCAUGCCGCCGAACUCCGGCUUUCACCUCGCGCUCUUUGGGAACUACACCCUUGACGGAAUCAAGGUGGUCAUCGCCAUCUCGAUCGAGUCAAACACUGGCAACACCUGUGCAGGGUGGGACGCAGAGACUGCUCAGGCUCUGGCCCACCCCGCUUUUCAGCCAUUCAGCUGGCCGAUGCUCCGUGACACGUCGGCAUCCUAUGUGGACCUGAAGAUCUAUAAUGGCAAUGAGAUUCUCUUCCACUGGAUCUUCAGAGGUUUCCAUUCAGACACUGACCUCACGGUGCAGCAACAGUUCGUGGAUGAGUAUUUCGUUCGCGAAGCUAGCAAAGGUCAGCCGAGGCUCUCUGUGGUCGUGGCCGUGUUCCUUGGCUGGCGGGUCUCAGUGCUGAGUUUUGAGUGUGGCGGUCGAACAUACUCGAUCGGCCCCAAAGGCUCAGUUGUGGCUGGCGACUCUGCCCGCUCGAGGUUUGAGAUGCGCGUCUGCUCUCGCGCUUCAGAUGACGCUGUGGGCAAUGACGCAGAUCGCAUCGAGAUGAGGUUCAGAGAUGCCAACAACCGCAUUGAUCUCAAGUGCUCUCGCACAUCAGUGCCAGGGACUUGGCUCACAGUCUCCCACAUCUCUGGUCCGACCUUGAUCCAAACGAUCAAGUCAGUUCGUGAAAACAAAGCCAGGGUCGAGGGACCUGAACAGACAGAGCAGUUCGCUCAACUUGCUGCCGUUCACGAAGGCUGGUGGAAGAGCUCUGUUUGUGAAUCAGAAGACGAUGUGGGGGUGAAGCUCGCUUUUGUGGAAUGUUUGGAGCCUGGAAAUUUCCAUGUUCAGGCAAAGUCCAAGCUCUUUGAGAGAGCGCCGGAGAUCGUGGCACAGAAAGCUCUGGCAGAGAUGCGCCACACGAGCUCAGCCCCAGCUCCGGUUGGCCCUCCGGCAUUGACGUCGGAGGCUUGGCUCCGCGCAGAAGUUGCAGAAGACGAUCAACCAACUGCUCAUGCUGGUGAAUUGGUUGCAGCAAGCAGGCAGGCGGGGAUCGAGCUGGAUGAACGCUCGUUCAACGUCCGCCACUCCAAUCGGGGUGAAGCAGGGCACAUGGUCGACGAUGAACGUGACAGGGCUCGCAUGGAUCGCAGAUUUGCGCGGUCAACUGCAGGGCUCACACCCAUGAUCUUUGCUGAGGAGAUGAUGCGCCGUUCCUACAACACAUCGACGGCCAAGAUCGAAGAGGUGGAUGAAAGCUCUGAGCCACAGCAAGCGGCGCAGGCACGAUCGUCGCAGUCGCAGGCACCACUUUGGGGCCCUGCAGGCCCUCAGCGCUUAGGGAUCAAGCGUGCUAGCUCGAGCGUCAUGGACCGUUCCAUUUCUAGGUUUUUAGGUCUCCCAAUUUUUGAUGAUCAGUUUAGGUCUGUUUUGAGAGAUCUGAAGAUGGAUCAUGUAGAGUUCUGGCUAGCCAUGUCGGAUGAUGAUUUCGAAUCGGCUGAUGAGAAGUUUUCUUCGUUUUUGCCAGCUCUUACUGAUGACCAAGAGAUCUUGGACAAGAUCCUUGUCAGAUUGGAGAUGGUCAACCUUUUGGCCGACAUGGUGGCGCGCUCGUCCAGCAGGGUCCAAGCGGAGAUCGCUUCGGAUCUUGGAUACGGAUCAGCCGAGCCACUCAGAGUCGGAUUCAAGAGGGCGGCAAGCCAGGUGAUCGUGGCUGUGCAGCCCCCGGGCUCUGUAGGCGUGUUGCCAGCAGGCCAUGGAUCAGCGGCUCAAGUGUCCUCGAUCCAGGACGCCGAGAACACAGAGAAGAAGAAGUGGGGCAGGCGUUUGUCACAGAUCUGUGACAGGGCCGGCAGUGCAGCAGGGAUCAACGACCCCGCUCAGUGCAUCGGCCUCGCCCCCGCUGAAGCCGCUCGGCUCCGGGCGCUGGCGUUCGAGGCUGGGGGCUUCAGGACGAUCAGACAAAAUGUCAGAAACUGGGAAAAGUUUGAGGAGUGGUCGGCCGGAAGAGGCCUCCGUGUUUACCCCCCAACGAUCGUGGCCGUGAUGUCGUAUUCACAGCACCUCCGCGAUCAGGGGUGUGGCCCAGCAGUACUGCCAUCUUUCAAAUACGCCGUGGGCUGGAUCUGCAAGCGGUUGGCCAUGUCUUGCCCAGAAAUGGGCGACGCUCGCCUUAAGGCUCUGAUUGACACAGUUCAUGCAGAACGUGGCAAAGAGCUCAAGGAGGCCAUUCCGCUACCACCGAAGCUCGUGAUAGCGCUGGAGGUCAUGCUGCCCAAGCUCAUCUUCGAGAAGAAGAAUGCAGCGGCGAUCACAGUCUGGUGGGUUUUGAUUUUGAUCUACGCGUCGCUGAGAUUUGACGAUGGGGUGCACGUGGCGCCCUCCUCUCUCGAGAUGACCCCAGAAGCUCUUCUUGGAGUGGUUUGGCAAACAAAGGUCGAAAGGAAGAGGAGGGGCACUAGAUUUGCUGUGCCGACCUGUUCCAUCUCUGGAGUAGAAUGGCUCGCAAUGGGAUGGGACUUGUUCAAGCCGCACAUCUCGGAUCGAGACUAUUUUGUAUGGGAGCUCAAGUCCGAGAAGGAGUUCAACGAAGCUCCGGUGACCUAUUCUCGCGGCCUCCCGUGGCUCAAGGCAUUUAUGCUGAGGGGAAUCAACGAAGCUCGCAUUCUCAAGUUGGUGGAGGUCAAUGAGAUGGAUGAACUCGAGAAGGCGGUCAGGGAGGUCACCUGGCACUCAAUGCGUGUGACAAUGCUCUCUGAGGCGGUGAAGGCUCAGGUGGACGACAAGAUUGUGGGCCUACAGGCCAACUGGAAAGAUCCCAGCCAGUUGGUUUUGAAGUACGCUCGCCAGCGCAAGGAGCUGUCGGUCGCCAUGGUCAAGAACAUGACAGAGAAGCUCAGGCAAUCAUGGGUGCCGGAUCAGACCCAGUUCGUUGUGGAGGAAGAAGACGAAGAGGUGACAGAACCGAUCGUGCCUGAGUUCAUUGUAAAAAGUUCUUUGCCAGCUAGUGCUUUGAGUUCGUCGGAUCUUAGAUGCCACAUUUUUGACCGUAGGGUCCACGAAGACACAUCGGUCUGUGGUCGACUGAAGCUGCAGGAUGCAGCUUCGGUCGGUACUCAAGCUCACACUCCAAAGAUUGCUCUGCGGCAAAUUUUCGGCCGCCUCAGCCUGCGCACUGAAUUGUGUCGGGCAGCUGCAGACAGUGGGCUCUUAUCCGUGGAAGUUUUUGCCAUGCUCGGCGACGCGGCGGCAGCUGUGAAGAACGCGCUCCGGACAGUGAUUCCCACAACAGCGCUCGGUGCCAAUGCAGCCGAACAAGAGCUCGCCUUGAUGCAGCUCGCAGCAGUGUGGCACUCGUGCCAUGCGCUCCAAGGGCAGUUCGCCACUAGGCGGGCUCGCAUGGAAGAAGACCCCAACAAGGUCCCGGAAAUGGCCCAAGAGGAUCAUGCUGAGUUCAGAGCUCGUUUUGUCACCGCUCACCCUGAUGUGAUCCUCCUGGAUGCCAAGGAGCCUCACAAGAAGUUCGUAGAGAAGGUCAGCCGUGACUUUUUGGUGCAUGGCAUGGUUCCCUACUACGAGGUCUCUGAGAUCCGGACGAGGGCUGACAGCAUCGUUCAGAAGACCGGGCUCACCAAGAAUGCUGAAGAUCUCCUCACGGUCUCAAAAGCAGAUGAACCAGAUCAAGUGACGGAUGUGCAGACGCUGCUCCACCGCGUCCAUGCUCUCUUUAUGGCUAUGGAGUACCUGAAUAUCUGCACGUACUCCAGGGCAGCGGGUCCGCUCAAGUACCUGCAGGAGCUGGAACAGUUCAAGGCGGACUGCCCCGGCCUGCCAUAUCUUGUGGCGGCCGAUGCGUUGAUCCGCAAAAAGGUCCACCGCCUCCAGUCAGAGCAGCGGGAGACCUACACCACGUUCGAGGCCGCUUUGGCCGAGGUGCUCAACAACCACAAAUACCUGUGGAAUGACGCUCGCACCAAGGCAGUUCUCGCCAAGGUGGACCGUGCUCGGACCGUCACCAAAGAUGAGCAAGACCGGGUGCUGGAGAGCCCGGUCAAAACAGCGGCUCCCUCUAGCCGACGGCGCAAGAAGCGCCACAACAAGGAGGUCGCCAAAGCCACCUCCACCUCGGAGGUCAAACCAGUUCUGAAAGAGGCCUUCAACAAGAAGCAGGAUAAGGGGGCCAAGCCGGACAAGGACAAGAGGAUCCCUGACUCCGAGUGGAAGCUCAUCUCCCAGGCGGCCAGUUCGGUCUCCGGACAGAAGCGCUGCCACUAUUUCAAUUCUUCCAUGGGCUGCGCUCUGGCCGACAACUCGGCCCUGGAAGAUCAGGGGGAAACGAAUGAUGAGCUGCCGGCUCCGACAGUUUCCCAAGCAAGCUUUUGGGGCUCUAUGCAAAUCCCUUCGGGCUCAUUUUUCCUGGAAAUUUUUGCCGGCAAAGCGGGGCUCUCACAAGCAAUCAGCGCUCGUGGCAUACCCAUUUUGCCGCCCAUAGAGAUCGAAGCGGGCGAUUUUGUUCAGCAAUCAGUCGACGUGCUCGACCCGGCAGUUCAAGCACACCUUCGACUGUUGAUCGAAGCCAAAGUUAUUUUCUACAUUCAUUUUGGCACGCCAUGUUCAAGCUUCAGCAUUGCUCGUAAGAACGAUGGCGGCCCACCGCCACUGCGGGAUCGACACCACCUGUGGGGGCUGCCUGGGCUCCGCCCUCAAGAUCAACGGAAAGUCACCAUGGGAACAGAGUUCAUGUUCUUCACACAGCAGAUGGCUACGCUGUGCCACAAGCUCGGCGUCCUGUGGUCGGUGGAAAACCCUGCCUCUUCUUUUAUUUGGGUCAUGCCACCAAUUUUGGACCUUGCUCAGCUGCCCACCGUGCAGAAGAUCACGUUGGACAUGUGCCGGUUUGGCUCCGUGCACAAAAAGCCGACAUCGAUCAUGGCAGCAAUGGAUCUGCACGAGCUCGCAAGAUCAUGCGAUAUGGUCGCUCGGCCUCAUGAACAUGAACCGUUGGUGGGCAUGGUCACCAUCAACGGCCAGAAGGUUUUCCGUACAAAGUUGGCACAGGUCUACCCCGCGGAGCUCUGUGAUGCCUGGGCCGCUGUGGUCGCAGCAGUGCGAUCUCACGAUCCCCUGGCUGCCACUUUUGAGCUGGUCACGCCUGCCUCAGGUCGCAAGAGGCCGGUCGGCCAACCAGCUCCAUGGAAGUCACACAAGCAGAGGGCAUCGGCCGAAAAGGCCACAGCCGCUGGCUACCAGCUCAAGCGGUCAGCUCUCCCACCGCUGUUGAAUGUGGAAAUGGAGCCGGGUCAAGCAGUGGCAGCAGCUCUUUCAGUUGCUCACCCCUUCACCUUGGAUCCGGCGCUUGACCCGGAUCUGCAAGAAGCUCUGGCUAUGGUCGUUCGCCAGCCACAGUUCGUCCUGGGCCACCGAGCGGGGGCGGUGCAGCGUUGGGAGCAGAGGGCCUACGCGCUCCUCCCGACAACUGAUGCCGUUUUGCAACAAGUUCAAGAUCCUUUUCUUCGUCGACUGCUCCGUGGGCAGCCAGACGAUCAACCACUGCAGUUGGGCUCCUGCACUCAUGUGGCAUUGUGGGAGGAGCUCACUACGGCCGCAUCUUGCGUGGAUCGAGCUCUUUUGUUUGAUUUGCUGCAUGGUUUUUCUAUUGUAGGCCCCAUUCAGCGGUCUGGAAGAUGGGGCCUUCUACAAGCUCCUGACGAACCUCUUUCAAUGGGCGAGUUGCGCUCGCGGGCCUGGGAAUUCUCGCAAAAGGUCAUCAAGAAUGUGAUGCGCUGUGAGAUCACUGAGCACACUGCCAAGGUCUGGGAUGCAACAAUGGAGGAUGUGAAGGUCGUCCAGAAGAAUAAGGUCAGGGGAGUGGAUAGCGCUACGGUCAAUGGCGUGAAUGUUGCCACUACCAUCACGGAGAAGCUCGAGCUCCCUUCAACCGAUGUCAACGUAGCGGCUCUGCGAUGGUUGCGAUCUCACCUCCCGGAAAGGGCUGAAGUCCUAGGAUGGGUGCUCGAUGAGCGGAAAGCUUAUCGCCAGAUCGCGGUGAAGCCUGAUCAGAGGAGGUGGAGCGUGAUCACCAUGAGGGAGCCGAAGGAGGGCAAGAUCGCCUUUUUCGUAAUGUUAGGUCACUCUUUUGGUUUGGUCUCUGCAGUUUACAACUACAACCGUAGGUCUGCUGCCAUUACAGACAUUCUUCGUAGGGUCUUCUUUGUGGCUGCCUUUAAUUUCUAUGACGACAAAUACGGGUUCGAACCUGCCGCUACGUGCUCCUCUGCUUUCGAUAUUGCUCAGAAGGUUCAUUGGUGGCUCGGAGCCCAGUUCGAUCAGAAGAAGUUGCAGCUGUGCAAAGACCCCACGAUCCUAGGGGUGACAUACGAUUUGGUCAGUAUGGAGCUCAAGAUCAAACAGUCCAGGAAGAUCGAGCUCUUAGAUGAGAUCUCGUCCAUUUUGUCAUCGCAGGUCUUUCCUCCUGGUCAAGCUGGCAAACUGAGAGGGAAGCUAAUGUUUGGCUCUUCUCAGCUAUGGGGGAAGAUAGGGUCGCCAUCGAAGCCGUGGAUCGGUGGCGUGCUUUUUGCAAAGGGCGAAGUUCCUAUCCAGUUUGGUUGCGAAGUUCAACAGCAGCUCGUGGACAAGUGGCUCCCACGAAAAUCACAGAUCGCCAUGGUCGAGCUCUUUGCGACCGUUGUAGCUCUCAAGACCUUUGAAACUCGCAUUGCAGGCUCAUGGUCACUGCUGCUGGUAGAUUCCGAACCUGUUCAAGGAUCCCCUCUUGCUACCCACGUCUCUCAAGAGGGAAAGCAGUCCGCUGCAGGUGAGUGGUGA